AUGGAAAGAGCAUUGAUGAAAUGGUUUGCAAAUCAACGAGCCAAGAAUUUACCAAUCACUUCUGAUAUGCUUAAACAAAGGCCAAGUUUCUCCAUGCCAAAAUUCAGGAAAAAUCGGGGGACUUCCAUGCUAGCAAUGACUCAUUCAGUUAAUCCAUUUUUACAAAAACUGAACAAAAAAAUUGCUGAUUUAGGUUUGACCAAGGACCAGAUAUACAAUGCCGAUGAAUCUGGUCUCUUUUGGAAGCUUUUGCCUGAUAGAACUCUUGUGCGGUCAAAAGAAACUUCCGCUCCAGGACAUAAAAUCAGUAAGGAAAGAAUAACUUUUCUGGCUUGCACGAAUGCUUCUGGAAAUCACAGAGUAAAACUAAUGGUUAUUGGGAAAUCAUUAAACCCACGAUCACUUAACAAUUUUACGGAUAUUCCAGUUGUCUACAAAGGAAAUAAAAGUGCUUGGAUGACCUUGGCUUUGUUUGAGGAAUGGUUUCACAAAACAUUUGUUCCUGAGGUAAAAGGGUUCCUUCGUGCCCAAAAUCUUCCCGAAAAGGCUCUAUUGCUUAUUGAUAAUGCUCCAUGCCAUCCCAAAGACGGCGAGUUAAUGAGUAGUCAUGGUCAAAUAUCUGUAAUGUGUCUUCCUCCAAACUGUACUGCACUUAUACAGCCCAUGGACCAGAAUGUUAUAAGACUUACGAAAUUGAACUUCAAAACAAGCCUUUUAAGUGACAUCGUUCGCCGUGGAAAAACAAUAGACGAAUCUCUGCGAAACAUCAACUUAAUGCCUGGAAUGCUGUUAAUGUGA